AUGUCAAGCACCAUUUCAUCACCCAGGGACGACACCUGGAUGGGGCUCGCCCUUGAGGAGCUGCUGGAUGGUCUCCAGAUGGGGCAUCGGCCCCAACCUUCACUCCUCGCGCCACUCCGUGUGGCCGGAGGCCGCAGACAAAUCCCGUCCACGGAGCAGCUAGACGUCCCGCCGGAUCAUCGAUUCGGCCCAAUACGGGUGGACACCACCCCGCCACGACCACGGCCAACCGAGGCCGACCGCAUGCCUGCCGACCAGGGCAAGCAGCAACUCACGGAUCAAGGGCCGCCGCCUUUAGUCCCGCUCCGCACGACCCGGGCUCCAUCGACCCAGGCCACCCAGGAGGGAAGCCACCGCCACGGGAGGCACCACAAGCAGCCGGCCCAUCGACGCGCCCACAAACCGGCCGGGUUCCAGGCUGUAGCGGCACCAGACCCAGACGGCGAGGUGGAAGCGGCGCUACGAGAGUGCCUAGGCGACCUUCCACCCGACGUGCUGGAGGAGAUGGCCCACGGGGCCGAAGGGUUGGACCUGGAGGACCUUUUCUGGGAGUCUCCCGACGAGGACGGAGUGGAGCUCCCAAUGCGCCCUGCCUCCGACCAAUCCGACCAAUCCGCCGACGAGCCACGGAGCCCGUCACCUCAAUUCCAGCCGGAUUACGAGGUGAUCUCCAGCGACGAGGGAGAGGCGGAUGAGAUCAUCCAGAUCUCCGACUCCGACAACGCCGAGCCAAAUUUUAGACCGCCGGGCACCCCGCCGCCGGCGUAUGAGUACAUUUUUGGGCCGGGUCCAUACGCUACCAGCUGCCCUAUAACCACCUGCGCGGCCUCAUCACCGAGCCAGUCACCGCCGACCACGUCACGCGGAUACCACGCCGCCGUCGCCCCACGCCAGGUAGAUGGGCCAUCGACGAGCCAACACAUCGACUUGGCAACCGACGAGGACUCCGCCGACGAGAGGCCAGCCGUGGCCGUACCGAGCCGCCCCCCGCUACCAACACCCGGCGAAUACGCCGCUGCAGUGGCUCGACGCAGGGCGGAGGACCUGAGCGACGAGCUGGGCUCGUCCUCCGCCGGGCCGGUUCGGCCAAUCAACCCGGAGCCACGUUCGGCCAGGGACCGACCACCCACACCAGCACCGGCACGCCGAGGCCGCCGACGGAGCGCGCCCUGGGCGGACAGCCCGAGCGAAUCCUCAUCCGAGGAAGAGUUGCCCCGCGAUCGCCAAGGUCACACCCUCAAUUCCAGCCGGAUUACGAGACCGCCGGGCACCCCGCCGCCGGUGUAUGAGGACAUUUUCGGGCCGGGUCCAUACGCUACCAGCUGCCCUAUAACCACCUGCGCGGCCUCAUCACCGAGCCAGUCACCGCCGACCACGUCAUGCGGAUACCACGCCGCCGUCGCCCCACGCCAGGUAGAUGGGCCAUCGACGAGCCAACACAUCGACUUGGCAACCGACGAGGACUCCGCCGACGAGAGGCCAGCCGUGGCCGUACCGAGCCGCCCCCCGCUACCAACACCCGGCGAAUACGCCGCUGCAGUGGCUCGACGCAGGGCGGAGGACCUGAGCGACGAGCUGGGCUCGUCCUCCGCCGGGCCGGUUCGGCCAAUCAACCCGGAGCCACGUUCGGCCAGGGACCGACCACCCACACCAGCACCGGCACGCCGAGACCGCCGACGGAGCGCGCCCUGGGCGGACAGCCCGAACGAAUCCUCAUCCGAGGAAGAGUUGCCCCGCGAUCGCCAAGGUCACACCCGCUGGCUACCCGUUCCCGACGGCUGGAGCACGCCCAACGGCACGCUACCCGCCGGGCUCAUCAGUCGGAUCCAGCAGCGACUUCUAAUAGCUAGACGAAGGGCCCGACGCUAUCUGGAGGAGGAACAGGGUCAGCGAUUCCGGGUGCAGCUGAACCGGGACGACCACGUCCGGGUCUUCCUACACCCCACCCGGAAGUAA